GAGACCGGAAAUGCGUUCCAGCUCCUGCAGUUUGUCGCGCGCUCUGGAUCAACUGUCGCCGUAACACACACGGAGAGAGAAAGAGGAGUUUAGCUGUUUCUUCACGCCGCUUUUUUAGUGUUUCGCCUCACAGAGAAGAGCAGAGUCGAGCAGAGUCGGACCGAGUCGGGCCACCGGCAUCAUGUCGGCGGAGGCGGCGAAGAAGCGGAAGCCCAAAGUGAUCCGCAGCGAGGGCGGAACCCCGGAGGGGAAGAGGGGUCGCGCGGACGGAGAGCCGGCGGUGCAGGACGUGCGGCUCUACAACGAGGAGGUGGAGCUGGAGGGUCGCGACCCCACGCAGGACUACGACCUGUACAAGUGCACGUGCGAGAGCCUGGCGCGCCUCAUGGCCGAGAUCCACGAGCUGAAGGUCGCCGGCGCCAAAGACGGGUGCGUGGAAAUUGAGGAGCGCCGCAUGCAGGGCUGCAUCCACUUCAUGACGCUGAAGAAGCUCAACCGCUUGGCACACAUGAGACUGAAGCGGGGUCGCGACCAGACGCACGAGGCCAAGCAGCGGGUGGACGCCCUGCACCUGCAGCUGCAGAACCUGCUCUACGAAGUCAUGCACCUCCAGAAGGAGAUCAGCAAGUGUCUCGAGUUCAAGUCCAAACACGAGGAGAUCGAACUGGUGAGCGUGGAUGAGUUCUUCAAGGAGGCCCCUCCCGAGAUCUCGCGUCCUCACUUGACCAAGGAGGACCCUCACCAGCUCACCUUGGCGCGUCUCGACUGGGAGCUGGAGCAGAGGAAGAGGCUUGCCGAGAAGUACAAGGACUCUCUGGCCAGCAAGGAGAAGAUCUUGAAGAACAUCGAGGUGAAGAAGGAGUACCUGAGCAGCCUGCAGCCCGGCCUCAACGCCAUCAUGCAGGCCUCCCUCCCGGUGCAGGAGUACUUGUCCAUGCCCUUCGAGCAGGUGCAGAAGCAGAACGAGGUGGCGAGGCACCUGCCACCGCCCCUGUACGUGCUGCUGGUUCAAGCGAAUGCCUACAGCCAGGCCUGUGACAAAAACAUCAGUGUGUCCGUUAGCGGAGACGUGGAUGAGGCCAAAGCCCUGUCUAAGCCACCUGAAGACUCCCAAGAUGACGAGAGUGACUCUGACACCGAGGACGAGCCACAGAACACGAAGCGCCGGCGGCCGACACUCGGCGUGCAGCUGGACGACAAGCGCAGGGAGAUGCUGAAGCGCCACCCGCUGUCCCUUUGCGUUGACCUCAAGUGUAAAGGCUUUGGAGUCCCUGCUGUUGCUCCAGCAGCUGUGCGUAAGGGAGGGUGUCCCGCCGCAGCGCUCGGGUUUCCAGUCACCGGCUGUUCAUUGACUGCGCCUGAUGCUCCUUUCACAGAUGGCAAUGUGCUCCACCUCCACUUCUACUACCUGAUGAACCUGAACAUCAUGACAGUGAAGGCGAAGGUGUCCACGGCCACAGAUUUGGUGGGAGCCGUCAGUGCCGGGGAGCUGCUGAACCCUGACACCCUGCUCAGCUGUCUGUACGCCGAUGACCAAGGCAUGGAGACGCCGAACCCUGCCAACCGCUAUCAGUUCGAUAAAGUGGGGAUCACCACAUUUGGGGACUACGUGGGCGAGAUGGGUCACCCGUACAUCUGGGUGCAGAACCUCGGCGGGCUGCAGUUCCCUAGUGAUAGGCCAGAGGCUGUCUCCGGAGGGAAGUCCCUGAGCGCCAGCCACAUGGAGAGCACCAUGAAGCUGCUGCAGGGCCGACUCCAGUCACGCCUCGCUUUGCACAAGCAGUUCUCCUCCUUGGAGCACAGCAUCGUUCCCGUGUCCAGCGAGUGCCAGCACCUUUUCCCUGCCAAGGUGGUGUCACGCCUCACCCGCUGGACCACCAUCACCCACCAGGAAUACAUGGACCUCCCUUACACCCAGCACGUGACGCGUGCAGGUCUCGCCCAGGACACUGACCUCUACUUCCUGGCUGUGGUGGAACGGGGCACCGCGUGCCUGCAGGCGGCGGUUGUGCUGAACCCCCGCUACCCCGAGGUCACCCCCCUAUUUGCCCUGUCGCUCAACUGGAAGGGGGAGCGCAGCGGCCGGACAGAUGACAACUUGCGAGCCAUGGAGAGCGAGGUGAACGUGUUCAGGGCCGAGCUGCAGGGGCCGCGUCCGGGUUACCAGCUAUUGACGAACCAGCUUCAGCGUCUCUGUCUGUGUCUGGACGUCUAUCUGGAGACGGAGCGGCAGGACGACAGCGUUGAGGGCCCCCGCGAGUUCCCCAGGGAAAAGAUGUGUCUGCGCACUGUGAGGGGUCCCAACCGCCUGAAGCCCUUCAAGUACAACCACCCUCAGGGCUUCUUCAGCCACCGUUGAGAAUGAAGUGCCCUGGGUGUGUCAGUUGGGAGAGGCUCCGCCCCCAGUCCAGCCCCCUUGGCGUCGUCUUUGUCCUCCGCAGUGUCCCUCCUUUACACUGUUUUAUAUUCACAGAAUUGUGCACCUGUGUUUGGACAAUAAAAGCAGUUAAGCAACUGU